UGAUCGUGAUGAAUUUGAGGAAAAUCAUGGUUUGCAUGGGGAUCGUAGAGCAAUGUAUGGGGUUUGGGGCUCUGCAAAGAGAAUGAAACCAUGCCAGGGUCAAGAAGAUAUUACUUUAGGGAGUUCCUUCACUGCUUUAGACUGUAACAAAACUUUCAGUUCUCACCCACAAAAUGUUCAGGGUGAUACGAAUGAAGGGUUACCCGAAGGUGUGAAAGCAAACCUGUUGCAAAGGCAGUGGAUGAAACAUCGCUCACUUCAGUUGGAAGAACAGAAGUUACAGAUUCAGGCACAAAUGUUGGAAUUGGAGAAAGAGAGGUUCAAGUGGCAGAGAUUUUGCAGGAAAAAAGACCGGGAGUUGGAAAUGAUGAGGAUGGAAAACGAGAGGAUGAAACUUCAAGGUUGGCAUAUGGCAUUGGAGUUGAAGCAAAAGGAGAUGGCUGCUGAGUUUAACUACAUAGCCUGUGUGGUCAAAAUUAGUUUGUCUGGUAAGGAUUGGGUGUGGGCAAUGCAAGUUGGGCAGAUAAAAUGA